CGCCUUCCCCCCUCUCUUCCCCCUUCAACCAGAACAUUCGCCACAGUCUGACCGGAGCUAUUUGAGCUCAAGGCAGUUCCGUCUCAAGGGUGGCUGCAAAGUCGUCUCUGAAAAGCGUCCCAGCGAAGCGAAGAGAGACAAGUUCUUCGGACAUGGCCCGCUCUUCCUCGCUUCUGAUCGCCUGCGCCAUCGCGGUCAUCGCCGUCGUGUCGGUGGCCUCUCUGGGGCUGAGCUUCGUGGGGGCGCCGGCGACGGCGGGCCUGCGUGCUGGCCAGCGCCAGCCCAGCGUGGAGAUGCAGUUCUUCGGCGGGUCGCCAUUGCCGGGGCCGUCGCGCGCGUCGUCGUCGGCGGGAGGGGACUGGCGCGCCAGGGCCCAGGCCGACCUCUACUCGCAGAGCGGGGUGUAUGUGGUCUCGGCCUCUAUCCUGUUCCUCUGCUUGUGUGUGUUGAGCGGCAACACUGGGCCCGGUUACUUCGGCGGCUUUUUCGACUACAAGCUGUAGGCGGCCUUUGGUGCCGGAGGCGCUGAGGCCGCAGCUCCAUCGCUGGCGGGCCCACCGAACGCCCGCUGGCAGCUGGACGCCGGGUGGCAGCAGCUGGAGGUUUUGUGAAGGUCGUGAGCGGGCUGGGCUGGCGGGCCGCUCAUCCGUCGUGGGCGGAAAGACCUCUCCGCACCUGUGGCGUCUCAUCUCGCCCGGCCGAGUCUGGUUGCUGCCCCCCCCCCCCGGGCGUCAGAAGGGGCGGCCCGGGUGCAGGGGGCCCGCGGCCCGUGUCGAGGGAGGCGCCGGGAGGCGUUGGCACCAGUCGCAGCCUUGGCGGGCCCGUCCCAAUUCUUUCUGCGCAGGCACUGUCUGGGGGAUAUGGUGGAGACCAGGAGCGCGAAAAGACGG